AUGCCAGCCUUUACCAUAAACGUUAGCCAACAGAGCCAAAGCAGCCGGAACAGCCGGAACAGCGGGAACAGCAGGAGCACACACAGCAGCUGGAGCUGCCACAGCCGGCAGGUGACGGUGGUGAUCAUGAUCCUCACGAUCAAGAUGCUGAUGCCACUUACCCAGGCGCGUCACUUGCGCGACCAGGUGGCACUGGACUACGCCUACGACGAGGCAUCAUCAUCCUCAUCAUCAUCCUCAUCGUCGGGUGGCGACAUUCUGCCCGCCUUCGAUGUGAAUCCGUAUCGCGGACUGGCCGAGAGCUUCGGCGAGGGCAGCUACGACAGCGAUAUGAGUCUCAGCGAGAGCAGCUACGAGGAGAUCGCCCAGGCGGCCAUCCGGGCUGCCAGGCGGGAGAUGCGCCGCCAGAGGACGCGGCACGCCCGCAGCCACAACCUGCGGCUCUUCUCCGGCAAGUCAGAGAUCCCGGAGUGGGAGAACCCCUGCGGAGGCACCUACACCGCCGACGAGAGUCUCAGCGACAGCAGCGCCGGCCAAGGACGUGUGAUCAAGCGCAAGCACCUCGAAAACUUGCGGAACAUCACGAUGAGCGAGUACCAAGACAUAACCCACCGCGCCACCCUGGAGUACGGCAAUCUGCAGCACUGGCAGCGCGAGUACAAGUUCCUGCCGAACAUGACGAAGCCCACAAAAGCGGUGAAGCUGAAGACCUGGUACCGCCACAUGCAGACCUUCGUGGGCAGCUUCUCGUAUCUGGGGCGGGCGCAGUACAAGUUCCGCAAGGAUCAGCAGAAGAGCCUCAACGAGGCGGUCACCAAGGAGCUGCACGACCUGCUGGUCAGCGCGCGCUACAUGCUCUGCGAGAUCGAGACGACCAUCAACGCCUCCUUCCCCAACAGCAAUGGGGCGAAGCUGAGUCGCGUCAGCCGGCAGGCGAUGGAGGAGCGCCUGGACUUUCACACGCCCGCCAACGGCUCCAUGGAGGCGGACCAGCGCGACCUGAAGGUCAGUAAGGAGCUGUACUUCCAGUAUCUGGACAAUGUGUGGAAGACACUGCAUCGCGUCCUGCGACGGCCACGACGCAACAGUGGCGAGCGGCGCCACCUGGCGGCGCUACACGGAACUGCGGCGAGUGGCCUGCGGGCGGGCAGCUCGGAAAUGCUCGACGUGGGCUCCUCGAACGGCUCCUCCGGUGGCAGUUCCGCCUCCUCCUCCGACGGCGGCUCCAAUGAGUCCUGA